UCGCGUGCCGGAUUCCCUAGGCGAGCAGCGGCGGCGGCGGCGGCGGCGGGGCAGAGCCCCUAAACCAUGGCCGAGUCACAAGAGCUGCUGCUGCAGCUGCAGAAGGACAACCGCGACGGGCGACUACGGAAGCAGGAGCUGGAGGAGCUAGUGCGGGGGCUUGAGGCCGAGAGCGAGAGCCUCACCGGGCGCCUGCAGGACCUGCGGGAGCGUGAGCGCAGCCUACAGCGGAAGCGAAGCCAGGCGGCGCGGGCCCAGAGAGGGGAGGCGCGCGAGGCGGCGCGGGAGCGCGCGGAGCGCGCGCGCGCGCUGCUGGAAGCGGCGGAGCAGCACAAGCAAGACUUGGAGCAACACAACCGGCAGCUGCAGGAGCAGUGGGAGGAGCUGUCAAGUCAGCUCUUCUACUACGGAGGGGAACAACUGAGUCAACAGCGCGCAGAACAGCAACUCGGGACCCAACUGAUGGCUUUGCAGAAACAACUGGAGAUGGUGGAGGCCAAGCACGCCAAGCAGGCCGAGGGCCUGCGGCAGGGCGUGCAGCGGACGGAGGAGGCUUGGGCCAGCUUUCAGGAGCAGAGCGGAGUCCUGCAGGAGCUGCAGGGAAAGGUGAUGGAGGCGGCGGCUACGCUGGACGCCUCGAGGGGCGGCCCGGAACUGUGCGACUCCCAGCCUCGACGGAUGCAGGACUGCGCGGGCUCGCUCAUGGAAGAGGUGGCCAAGGCUGACUGUGAGAGGCGGCUUUUCGGCGGCACCUGCGGAGCGGGCCUCAGGCUGUGGGCUCUGGGCGCGCUGCAGACGCUGCUGUUGCUCCCGCUUGGUUUCCUGGCGCUGCCUAUGCUCUGCCUGAUGCUGGUGAACCCCUCCGCCCUCCGCGGGGGGCUCCCGCGCUUCGACUUGGACGCAGCCUUCCGCGGUUUGCGCUACACUCUGUCCCCGCUGCUCCAACUGCGCGCGCGCGGCCUGCUGCCCGCCUAACGCGCAUCAUGCCGGCCGUGGCCACAAGCACUAAGCACUUCUGUCUCCUGUGUGGUUUCUGGGCGCCUGGGGGGAGGCCGAGGGGAGACUCCUGGGGUGGGGGGUGUAAUGUGUCGCUCGGCCCAGCGGCCCUGGCACCUCCGGCGCAGAGGGUGCUGGGCCUUCCAGGCGGUGCUUAAGUUUGCAGAGGCUGUCCCGGGCGCCUCUCGGCGGAGCCCGCGACUCGGGAGUGAGCAGGGUGCGUCCUCGUCUGACACCUUGGGCUUGCUCGCACCAAGGAGCUCCCGGGAGGGGUCCCCUUUCCUACAGCCCCUGCUGCCACGCCUGAGCCAACUCGGAAGUUGGCCAGUAUCUUUUGCUAAACUUGCUUUUUCCCUGCUAGUGAGCCUGGGGGUAGGGGGAGCAGGCCGGUCAAGUCCUCUCCGUGGAGAUCCGUGGUUCCUCUGGCCCGGCUGCAUGGGGGUGAUUUAGUUCCCCACAGUACCUCUUGUUUUUUUUCAGGGUCGGUUCUUCUCGGUGCGGGUCCAGGCAUUCCUCUCCUGUGGUCCGCCCCGCUUUCCGGGAGUCCCAGCCCUGCUGGCAGUGCACGUGCAACUCACCACUGCAGUCUUUGUGAGGACUCGUCUUUUUACUCAUGUGAAAUGCUCUGCUUAGUGGAAAUGAUGAACCUUGAGUUUCAUUUUGCCCUACUUUUACCCGUUACAUUUUUUGGUAGUAAAAUUGUUCCGUGUAUCUCCUUGUUGCCGGCGCGGCACACAGGUUUUUGCUGUGGCCUCCAAAUAAUCGUUUUCUUAUUGAUUUGUUGGUGCUUUUUUAGUCUUUUGGGAGUUAAAUUUGUUUAUGUAAUCCUGUGUAUAAAAUUCUGUCAAAUUUAA